UAAAUUCGCUCCGUUGUUGGCCGUUAUUUUAAGAUUUCUAUCUUUUAUGUAAAUACAAUACAUAAUACUGCUGCUUUUCUAAGUUAUUUUAACUUGUAUUAAUUUGUGGUAAAAUGAUAACGUGCGUAACAUCUUCUCAAAUAAAAACUUAUACGACUAAAAAUAAUGUGGAAAAUUUGCAAGCCUAUUUGUGUUAUCCCAAGAUAGUUAUCUUUGAAAGUAAUUCAACUAUUCGAGUCGUUGAUAUAGAAGACAACAAGGAAAAUCCUGCAAACCCGGAUUCUAUUUAUACCUUCGACCAUCAAAUUUUAGAUAACACACUAACGGGUCACCUUUUGUGGCUUGUCUUCAAGUCAGGUGAUAUUGUGGUAAUAAACUUAAUAAAAAGUUCGCAAAUACGUAUAAGAAGCGAUAACUAUGCUAACUAUAAAAUCAAUCGAAUUCUGAAUGAUGAUGGAAAUUUAUUCCUGCUCAGUGAAAGUGGAGAGUGCCUGAAGGUACCAUUUAACAGUCAGGAAUUAAAUGAAAAACUUGAAGAAGGCAAUCCAGAUGUUACUGUCAGUCUAGAAAAAGCUCAUAUGCGUAGCUCUAAGUGGGAUAGAAAUGUUAAAAAAUAUGUAUUAAAUGGACUGAACUUCUAUAUUGAUUCUUUUGGUAACAUAACAGCACAAUGCCCAGUAACUGGUUUACUUGAAAUCAUAGAAAGCAAUGUCAAAACAGAAUCUUUAGUGCCAUGGUAUGAUAUGGUAGUACUUUCCAACAAAUUAAAUAUGUGGAUAGUAGAUCUUAAAGACUCAAAAGUUGUGCACAGCUUUAUUGAAUGUGAUGCAAACUAUUAUCCUCUAGCAGCUCAUGGCAAUGGUUUUUAUUAUCUUGUCUGGAAUACAACAGAGGUACAUAUCUGCUGCACUACAAAUAUUUCUACAACAGCAGAAGAGCAUCAAGAUAAUAACAAGCCAAGUAAACACUCUACAAAGUCUUCGCAGGAUGCCCUCAAGUUACAGCUUCACAGUUUGGUUGAUGCUGCACUCUCCAAGUCUUUGGAUCAAAAUCAGGUAUUAUUCCAGGUGCAGAUAUUUUUUGAAAAAAUCGAAGAUUUGCAUUUCCUACUUGAAAUUGCAUUUAAACUUUGUCAACAUGAUAUUGUGUACAAAACUAUAUUGCAGCCAUUACAAAGAAGAAUUUAUGAAAUGAAGGAUUACAAUCAAAUUCAUCUGUUAUGUGAUUUAAUGAUAAAAGUGGAAUUACUUGAAUAUAUUUUGUUCAGAGGGAACAAAAGUUAUGAAAAUAUUAAUCUAUUUCAACAGACUUGUAAACAGCUAUGCAUAACUUUCAUUGCAAAUUCUGAUUUAGAUUUGGCUUCAAUUUGCUGGUUAAAGUACACAGAAAUAACAUUAAAAAUGACACCUGAUGAUGUGAUCCAAAUGUUAGAUGCCAUACCUCACAAUAUAAAAAUGGGAUCUCUCAUUAUUUGGCUGAGAAACUUUGUACCUCCACUUUUGGAUCAAAACCCUUACUUUAUUGACUUAUUUGUAAAAUGGACAACUCAAAGGGUUUUCACAUUGGAAAAAUCUAGUUAUUGGCCUAAAAUAGGAUUGAAGUUUAUAGAUGAAAUUUUGUCAGUACUUGAAAAGUCUCUAAACACUAUUGCUGUUAGACCAAUUUCUAUGGAUGAUUUAAUCACACUUAAAGAUCAUAUAAACUACAUAUUGGAGUUAAAACAAAAAUACAGAAUAAAUAUGCUUCUUGGAGAAAUAAGUUCACAAACUCCCAAUGAAGUCGCAUUGAUUAUGUUGCGUAGAUGUUACACAGAGGAUUUAGGCGAAUUUUUGAGAGAAUAUUUACCUGCAUAUGCCACACGAUAUUUAUUUGAAUUAGAUGAUACUCUGCGCACUUUUAUUGAAAACGAAGCAGCAAGUUGCGGCGGUGGUAUCGACAGCUCCCGUCUCAAAAUAUUAAUCACAGCUUUUCGAUCACCUACUAGUAAACUCGAUUGUUUACUUCAAGUCUUAAAAGUACUUGACGUGCCGUGGGACGACACUGUUCUCGAUUUAGCAGUCACUGCUGCUGCUUCUGUCUUUAAAGACUUUACAGUCACUGAGGCUGAUCGCGUGCUUGCGCAGGAAAUACAACACGAAUUGAGUUACGCUAAAAUUAAAGUUAUUCUGAAAAAAUAUAAUUUUCCCUUAACAUGUACGGAUUAUUCUCUGGUACUCCAUAAAUUGAUUAAUGCGUCUAUCGUUGAUCUAAACGACCUGAAAGUAAUAACUAGUGUUAUGACUAAAUAUACAAAUUAUGGAAGCAUUUUGUAUGUUGAUAGAUGUCUGCGAGACUGUGAAACCAGAGCAGCAUUAGAUUAUUUUAAAGAAUUAACUAAUAAAGAUAAAAGAAUACUGUUAAAAACAAUGAUGUCUAAAUAUGAACAAAUAAUCAAUGGAACUUCAAGUAACGCAGGAGUUGAAAGGAACUAUUUAGACUUCCUAAAAGGAACUAAAUUGCUAAAUGAUAUUGAGAUUGAGAAUGUUGAAAGUCUAUAUCACCUUAAAAACUCUUACAACGUCCAAAUGAGUUUGAAUAAAAUGUAUAAUGAAGAGUAUUGCGCUACUAAAACUAAUAUAUGGAUAAAAGGUGACGGAAAAACUGCAAGUUCCGGCCGCGGUCGUUGCGUAACUCAGCUUGCUCAAACACACCAAUCUCGUUACUCGGAAUUAGUUGCUUUGUUAUGUCGUACAUCGACCAGCAAUAAAGUCCGUAAACUGAUUGAGAAUCUUCUAACAUCGUUUUCAUGUGAAGAAAAAAUAGGUAACAAAGACAUUUCAGACGACUUAAUGCAGUUUAGAGACGGACGCAACUCUACACUUUUAUUGGAAUCGUGUGGGGUACUCAUCGAACUUUUAGCUAACUGUAGCGAAGAACACAUGCAUCACCUUAUAAAAUAUUUAUCUAUAUUAAAUGCAUUGAUAAAUACUAAUGUUGUAGUAAAAAAUCUAUCUAUUGCUUGGAAGUUCCACUACAUAUAUUUGCCUAUGAUGCCCGUUACUGCAACAAAUGAUCUAAUAGACUUUUAUUAUGAAAACCUAUCGCAGAACAACAUCGAAACAAUCUACGCAAAAAUUGUAAAUAAGAACGAUUUUGUCGUAUAUAGAUUAUUAUCCCACACAAUGGGAAAUUUAACAAACUCACAAGAGAUACUAGCAGAUUUACUACAAGUAAAAGAUAAUGCAACCAGGAGAUUAAUGACAAAAAUUACUGCAACACAUGACAUUGAUGAAAUCUUACUGACGAGUUUAUUAUUGAUUUUGAACGGUGCAGAAGAAGCUGAUGAUAAAACUCGGAUGUUAGACAUCCUUCAAGGGCAAAAUGAGUCAUUACCGCCUUCUCUCAUGAAUUAUCUUUCUUCACCGUUGAUCCGCCGCACAUUCGGUCUUGAUAACGUAUUGCCUGGAAGUUCGACGUCAUAUCCACCACAAUAUAUUCUAAAAUAUAAAUUCAACAUAAAUUUAGCUGAGAUGGCUCUUCCUGAUAGUACUGAGGAAACAUGGGAUGUGAAAGUUGUUCUAUUUUAUGUUUUACGUCAGUAUCCUCAGACUACGUUUGAAAGACUAGUGGAACUCUGUCGCACUUUAAACGUAGCGAUCAAUGAUGGUCUAUCUCUGCAACUUAUAUCCUUGUUAAUAACAUGGGAGCUUAAUUAUAAAUUGUUUAAUGAUGAUUUAGGAUGCCGACAUCUUUGUGUGGAAAACGAUGAAAAGGACUUGAUGUUGAAAUGUUUCACGAUUUGGGAAAGUAUUCAUGAUAAAACUUUUUUGAGAGACAUCUUAAACGACUUUUGGAGAAAUGGCGAAGUCUCGUUGCACGGAAGAUUAAUAUCUAUUAAUCCUUACUAUUAUGAAGUAUAUGUCUGUAUAUACUAUUUAAUUCAUGGCGCGACCAUGGAUUCUCGGAAUAAAAAGGAAUAUUUUUUACUCAACUUCUUAAAAGAGUACCAUAGAAAAAGCACUCCCAAACAAUAUGAGUUUGAAUUAUUUUCCGUUAAAGGCAUGUUUCCGGAAAUUGGUCAUUAUCGGUUACCAUUCCAUCUAUUUAUGCGCGAAGAUAUGUGGUCAAAUUUAAAAUCUGAAAUAACUUUGGAAACAUAUGAACACUGGCUACCGGCGGUUAUUUUACUGUCGCUUGAUGCGGAUUUGCAAACAGCAAGAGAUAUGAUUUGUAGUAAUGCUUUAAAACAAACAAUGACUACCAGGAAACAUACCGAAGUCAAAGACGAAGAGUCUAAAGAACAUGAACCCUGGCUCUUGACUACACGAGAAGAGCCCCUUCUUCGUGCUGCUCAUCGUUGUGUAAGACAUAUCGCCAACAUGGAAUGGGCAGGAGCGUGUCUUUUUUACGUUCUUCAAGGGUGCGCACGUGGUGCUGAUCAGGUUGCAGCAGCACAUCUAUGCUAUCAAUUUGCACAGCGGUGGGCUGCUCUUCAGCCAGGUAACCGCGCAGUGCGACAGAUGGAACGCUUGUAUUCAACGCUUUCAACGCGUCAUGCAUUACAUAAAAUAGACUGGGCUCGCGAAGAAUUUGUUAGACUUGCCUCAGAACCUGCACAACUGAUUCGUGCAAUGUAUCUUCAUCCCGACUUUGUCGAAAAGAUGUCACGUAAUGAUGUAAAUAGAGCAGCUAAUGAAAUAGCUGAUAAGAACGGCAUCAAUAUAAGCUCUAUUAGAAUUCAGAUAUUAGAAAAUAUUCUUACGAGAUCGAAGGAAGAAAAUAAGAAUAACAUUUCCUGUGGUCUUGAUACCGGAAAAUUAAUGACCGCGAAAUAUAUUCUCAAGGCUACAUGUCCAAAAAUGGGAGCAAUUUACUUGUCCCGAAUUGCAUUUGAUGACGAAAGUGAUUUCAACAAAUGCAAAAAACUACGAGCUUUGGAAUGUCUUAUGAGUGUUGUAGAACCAGACACUGCUAUGAAAGUUGCAAAUCGAGAACGUGACGCUUUGUGGUCAUCAUUGUUAGAAUUACUAUACAUUGUUAACCUAGAGGAUAUUGAUAUGCCUUGGUUAGUGGCUACAUUUACGCAAGAUAAGCCUCGCGCUCUUGAACAACUUAUACAAGCUGCUACUGGGAAUGUCGAAGCAUUAAAACUAGCCGCGACACUCGCUAGACGCUUCGGAAAUAUACAAAUUAUACGUGAUCUUAUACCGAUCCUACUGCGUAGUAGUCUAUUCGAAGAAAUGAUACCUUUGUUACUUAAAAUCACAUCUCCUCCUGAUGAUAUUAUUUACACUGCCUGGCGUGCAGUUAUUUUGUCUCCAUUCCAACGAGCAGAUUAUCCCAUAACAGAACGACAAAGAACAAAAUGUCUAAAUGCCAUAAACUUACUGCCACUUUGUCCAGUGAUUAAAGACAAUGAUUUAAUAGAAAUUUGGAAAAAUUGUGUAAGAUGCAAAUGUUUUGGAUUGGGAUGCCUAGUUUUGCCUUAUAUUACUUUGGAGAAAAGGCAAACUUUAACAGAACUUCAAAAAAUUGAUCGUAGAAAUCUUAUAGCCAGCCUAAAAAAUUUACACUCUGAAACAUAUCUUGUAUCUGGUGCUAUGAUUGUUUUAGAAAAUAUGUCAACCAGGGUAUAUCGUUAAGGAAAUAAUUACAAAAAAAGUUGUAUAAAGAUUCAUAUUAUAUCUAAUUAUUAUGUAGCUUAUAGUAUUUAACAAUGCCGAAAUUAAAGGAUGACUAAUAAUUCUUUCAUUUCGAUAAAUAGCUGAUGUGCUUUUUUUUGUGUAAGAUUUAGCAUAAAAUCGAAAUAACAAUUUUACACUUUUUAAGAAACUAUAAUAUUAUAAUGAUAGUUGAAACAUGUAACUGUUUGA